AUACCUAAAUAAAUAUAGAAACAUACGUCGCCAUGUUGUUGAUUUUUAAAAAUGCUUGACGUAUACAGGAGGCGUUUAGAACGCAUUUGAAAGUAAACCCGGCGACGGAAACAACAACAACUUGGACUGCUUGUGGACUCUCGUUACUGCAAAUCGACAUUUUGUCUCUGAAGACGAUGAACUUUGGCAAGUUUCUUCCCAGCGCGAGCAGUUUCCGGAGUGUGGCCUGCGUCGGCGGUCUGCUCGCGCUCACCUCGGCGGGAUACUGGGCUUAUCGCAGGCUGAAGAGGAGAAGCGGUCUGCCCGCUGCCGAUCAUCAACCUGCUCCAGGAGCUGUUGCUGAUGUGGAGGAAGUGGAGGACGUCCAGGUCACUGAGCCAAUCUGCCAGCUCCCGUCCACUGAACUCCACCCUCAGACGUCAGCUGUCGUCCUGUUUUCACGCCACAGCCGUGCUGGUGAGCUGCACAGCGCCCGGCGUAACAUCUGGUUCCUCACCUCCCACAUCUACGGCUCCCAGAUUCAGUCGGUGGAAGUUGAGAGAUAUUUCAUCCAGCCAUGGUGGUUUACCGUCGGCGAGACCUCCUGUGUUCCUUUGCAGGGAUCCUCGAACUCCACCACAUGUGAGGACUCUUUCACCACCGUACAGCGAGUCUCUGGGAGCGCGAAAGAGCCGGCAUCCUGCCGUGGCAUGGAGACUGUCACCAAUGUGCCGCUGGAGGACGGCGAGCAAACCUGCUCUCACCUGCCUGUGGGUGUGGAGGAUCAGGUCGACACGUCCCAUCUGGAGGAAGAGGAUAGUUCCUUCACUCCUCAUGCUGACUUGGAUGUUGAGUCAGAUUUUGAGGAAAGUAACAAUGAUCUUUCUCCUGAGGAGAGCGAGGUGCCCUUCAUCAGCUCGCAUCUCUGGCUCGAAGGCGUUACAGACGUUGCUCUGAAGCUGCCUGCCAUUCGCCAGGCGUUCUCUAGAAUGUUGGACUGCAUGCUCGUGCAGAACCUCCUGUUCAUAUCAGGGAAGAAGAUGCUCAUGCGUCUGGCAGCAGCCAACAAAAAGGACGUAAACGGUGUUAAGCUGGCCUACGAGUCUGUGAUCCGUUUCCUGAGACAACCGUCCAACUGGGAAUCGAUCGAGGCGGAGUUACUCCAGGCUCAGCUGCACCAUUUCAGCUUCUUUGAUUUGUUCUUCGAGCUCGUCCUGUUCAGAUGCUUUUUACACAGCUCGCCACCUCCAGCUUCGGAUGGAGGAUUAUUGCAGCGUCUGUUUAUAGCCAUCAGCCAGUGGGACGUGGACAUCAGGGAGCCUGAGGCAGAGCGGCUCUUUUUAAGGCUUUCUAAUAUGCUGACAGUGCUCCUUGAGGACCUUUUCUAUCAGCCUCUGGAGCUUUACAGAGAUCCAGCAGCUUUAGACUCUGCAGUGCUGAGGAUCGUGAAGCAGCGUGUACAGGAGAUAAUGAAGACCAUAGAGAGAGUCUGAGUAACAUUCAUACCCCUCUAACACACACAUACACACACCUCUCUAUCCCAUUUGUCUUAAAGAGUGAUCAGGACACAAAUCUAUUAUUUGCUAUUGGAUCCUCAUCAGUAGAUUAAACUCUGUAGUUUUUUUCCAUUGGUAACGUAGAACUGUUUUUAUUCUCCAUUUUGUUUAAUCAUAGAUUACUAUUAACUGAUUCAUAACCAACCAAAGUUUAAUAAACUAAUAAAUGUCCUGGUCACACUUUAAACACUGUUCUUUCUCUUUCCAUGUUACUCGAGCUCUCUGUAGGUAAGUAAAUACUUAUUUCAGUGUUUGUUGUUAUUAUGAACUGAUUAAUAACCUCUUUCAAUUUUCUUCCUUCCUGAGCAGCUGUAGAGACAUCGCUGGAGUUCACCUUUACAUUUACCUUUUAUUAUACUUUUCAUUUUUAUUAGAUAUUUAACUUUUAUUAUACAUUCAUGUUCUACUAGAUAUUUAAUCCUAUCUAUAUUUUUAAGCUUUUAUUAGAUAUUUAACUUUUGUUAUACAUUUAUGUUCUACUAGAUAUUUAAUCCUAUCUAUAUUUUUAAGCUUUUAUUAGGUAUUUAAGA